AUGGACUGCAAGAAUGUGGAAACAGAAGACCAAAGCCUGCCGAAAUUCCCACCUCUCCACCACAAUCCUCCGAGUUCAGAGGGAUCGAGACGUCCUCCUUCCACUGGAAACGAUAUGGACGACGAUGAGUGUACGGCGCGGCCGUUCCAAAGGACGAGGAGUCCUAAUUCGGAUAUGAAGAGGAACAAGGGUGCGGAAUAUGAGAAAGUUGGUGAUCAGGGCGUGUGCAAGAUGCACAAGUUUUCAUUGUACGAGACGGCAGUCAGAUAUUAUAUCGUUGGAGCAGAUGUCAUGGACAAGAAAUUUCGGAUCCUGAAGAUUGAUCGAGAGGCAGAUGCUGGGAACUUGACCAUUUCGGAGGACGAAAUCGUUUAUACCAAGAAGGAGAUGAGCCAGUUGCUGAAUGCUAUUGACGAUGGCAACAAGAGUACGGGUGGCAUGAAGUUGAGAUGCAGUACUUGGGGUCUGCUUGGUUUUAUUCGAUUCACUGGAUCGUAUUAUAUGCUAGUCAUCACGAAGAGGAGUCAGGUCGCUAUGAUUGGAGGACACUUUAUUUACUCGGUGGAUGGCACAGAGCUCGUUCCGUUGACCACAGGACCCAGCUCGCGGUUCAAGACAUCAGAUGCAAAAAAUGCAGAGGAAGCUAGGUUCCUAGGGAUCCUCAACAAUCUGGACUUGACCCGGUCUUUCUACUUCAGCUACUCUUACGAUAUUACACGGACUUUGCAACAUAAUAUCAUGACCGAGAGGGCUGCUCUCGCCCAAGGUUGCCCAUAUCCACAUGACCAGAAUUACAAUUCGAUGUUCGUAUGGAACAGCUACCUUUUGCAACCUGCUAAGUCUGCCCUGAAGAAUACAUUUGACUGGUGCUUGCCGGUCAUCCACGGAUAUAUUGAUCAAGCGGCUCUCUCAAUUUAUGGACGCACCGUAUACCUGACGAUCAUUGCCAGACGGUCCAGAUACUUCGCAGGUGCUCGUUUCUUGAAGCGUGGUGCGAAUGAUCUAGGUUACGUUGCAAAUGAUGUCGAAACUGAGCAGAUUGUCUCAGAAGUACUCACAACCUCUUUCCAUGCCCCAGGCCCGAAACUGUUCGCAAACCCGAAUUAUACAUCAUACGUCCAGCACCGAGGCAGUAUUCCUCUGUAUUGGACCCAGGAUAACACUGGCGUUACCCCUAAGCCACCGAUCGAGUUGAAUCUGGUCGACCCAUUUUAUGGAGCUGCUGCUCUGCACUUCGAUAACUUAUUUGAGAGGUAUGGAGCUCCAGUGUAUGUCCUCAACUUGGUGAAAUCACGAGAACGAACACCAAGAGAAUCAAAACUGUUACAUGAGUUUACAAAUGCGAUCAACUAUCUCAAUCAAUUUCUUCCAAAAGAGAAAAAAAUCAUCCACAAAGCAUGGGAUAUGAGUCGUGCUUCGAAAAGUCGAGAUCAGGAUGUCAUUGGCACUCUUGAAAACAUCGCUGAGGAGGUUGUCACCACCACUGGCUUUUUUCAAAACGGAGAUGGAAGAACGACCAUGCCGAGAGUCCAAAAUGGAAUUGCAAGAACAAAUUGUAUCGAUUGCCUCGACAGAACAAAUGCCGCUCAAUUUGUUAUCGGCAAACGAGCACUUGGCCACCAACUUCAUGCACUGGGAAUAAUUGGCGACACUUCAAUCGCCUACGAUACCGACGCCGUCAAUCUCUUCACACACAUGUACCAUGAUCACGGCGACACGAUUGCCGUCCAAUACGGCGGUUCUCAACUCGUCAACACAAUGGAAACAUACCGCAAGAUCAACCAAUGGACCUCCCACUCCCGCGACAUGGUCGAGUCCUUCAAGCGCUACUACAACAACUCCUUCCUCGACGGCCAACGCCAAGAAGCCUACAAUCUCUUCCUCGGAAACUACAUCUUCACGCAAGGCCAGCCCAUGCUCUGGGACCUGGCAACAGACUACUACCUCCACCACGCCGACCCGCGCGCCUGGUCCAACAAAGUCCGACGCAGCUAUAUAAAUUGGUACACUCCUUCCUUCCUCGAGAAACGUGUGCUGCCCAAAUACGUCGACCCCCUCGGCGUAACAGCCAACAAACCACUCGGGUACUUCGACGAUUACUGGCUUGAAUACUACAAACCUCUCGCUGUCUCCUCCCUUCUCAAGAUCUUCUCAUACAUGGGCAAAAUGAACUCAACGCUGAGAUACAUCCCCUUCCGCUCCACGCAAGAAGGCCGCUACGACCUCUCCCCCUUCAAAGUCCGCACCGAAGCCGACCAGGACGUGCCCGAUAAGAAGAAAGCCAAGAAAGGCGUAACGAUUGUGGAUCCCUCUGAAGAACAGCAACUUGCCGAAGCAGGCGAAGACGACUCGCUUUCCAUCAAGUCUGGUACCGCGGUCACCACGAAACGUAUAAGUAUUCAAAGAUGGUUGCAGCCUAUUCAGGAGAAGGAGAAAGCAGAGCAGGGGCAGGUGCAUGGCAUUAUGAAAGGAAGUGGAGUGGGAGGCGAGGAGAAGAAGCAGAAGGAGAAGUUGACGCCAUUGGAUAAGAGUAAGGCUGCGCAGUGGACGUUUACGCAGGUUGUUAAUGAAAGCUUGAAUCCGUCUGUGAGUGUUCAGGAGCAGGAUGAUUAUUCGCGUUAUGUGAGCCACCCACUCACUUUGCCUUUGGUUGUAUCAACUGAACUACCAACGGAAAUCAAUAACGAAUAUCUGGAGUAUGUUAAUGGGAGUUGGAAAGAUAUUGGGAUCGUCACUGGAAUCAAGGAAGAGGAUCUAGCCGAGUACAGGGAUUUCCUCACCGUGGCCGAGAAUCCAUUGACGGUUAUGGAAGAGGAUGGUGUGAAGAAGCGGUAUAAAGCGUAUAGGAAGUGGUUGUUGGGCAAGAGUCUGUUUAAGCAGCAGCCUAUUGACUGA